AUGAAAUCCCUAAUGGAAGGAAACUUAGAAGAUUGCCUGCUGAAUAAGGUGGACUUGAGGCGCCAGUGGAUUUCCCAGAUGGUGGAAGAGGUGCAGAAAAUUGUCCAUCAUCUGACCACAGAAAUCAGCUACCAAGACAUUCGAUUUCAAGCCAUCCUUUACUCUGACACGUACAAUGAGAACAUUAAGGUUUUGGCCCCCACCCAGCUCCUCAUCACAGUCCCGAUGAGAGGCCUGGCCGGGUACAGGGAGGCCCGGCAGCAGCGCUGGCGCUACUACACCCUGCAGGGCGCCCGGCUGCCCUGCCCCCUGCGGGACCCAGAGGGCCUGCAGCAGUGGCUGGAGGUGGAGCAGUUUCUGAAGAGCCUGUGGCAGUGGCACGAGGCAGAUGUGAACAUUGACGGAGACAUUGUGCCCGCCAAGGUCCUCCAGGUGUUCCGGAAACUGGUCGAAAACGCAAUUGAAACCUGUCACCUGUCAGGUAAGGUCAGCAUGCUAAUGGACCGCCCUGCAGUUCGAGUUGCCGUGGAAACCUCCACAGGUCGGGUGGAACUAGAGCUGACCCCCUCAGUGGAGAUCCCCACCGCCUGGUCCAAGAAAGCCCGGUGGCCUUUGUGUCUGAAGCGCUGGCCUUCUGCAGAGAGAGUGCAGUGCAUCAAGUCAUUUGGGUUUAGCUUGUUGGCCUGUUCAAACUAUCACUGGCAGCUGAGCUUCUUGCGGGCUGAACGGGUGCUGCUGGAGCAGCUGGAUGAGGACGGGGGCUGCCGCAGGAAGUGUCUUCAGGCCAUGAGGCAGAUGAAGGAGGACGUCUGGUGUCCAGGGAAAAGACCUGUGAUCACAUCCUACCACCUUCAGACAGUGCUCUUCUGGACUUGUGAGAAGUAUCCCCACCCAAAGGACUGGCGGGUCUUCAGCAGAGCGUUCCUGCGCCUGGUAAGGAAGCUGCACAAGUGCGUGAGCCAGCGCUUUCUGAAACACUACUUUGUGCGGAAGAGCAACCUCCUGCGGUACGCCAAUUCAGGCGAGCUGGGGGCCCUGGCCCAGAAGCUGGCCUCCUUCCUGAAGAACCCCCAGAGCAGCCUGCCCUGA